AUGAUUCCAACGUUAUGCUGUUUCCUCAAAAAGAAAGAGCCACGAGAUGUGAAAAAGGGUAAAAAGGUAAAGAAAGAUGGAUCGCUUGUUGUUUUGAAGCCGAGUAAGAAGCAUUCCCGCGACGGCAAAGGAGGAGGAGGAGGAGGAGGAGGAGGAGGCUGUUGUUGUGGCGGCGGAGACGGUGGUUGUGGCGGUUGCGGUGGUGGUUGUGGAGUUGCUGUGGUUCUUAUCUUAUGCUGUCUUCACAGCCGCAAGAAGAAAAAGACGUCGUCUCCACCGCUUCCGUCGCAGUCAAGAGACUUGGAAAGCGCUACUAGAAGUGGCGGUACAAGAGAUGGCGGUCUUGUUGUUUUGACUGCGACUCCUGUCACUACUACAGUUGCUAAACCUGUGGCUGUAACCACCAAAACUUUCGGUGUUGGUGCUACUCGAAGUUCAGGUGGUGGAGACGGUGACAGUGGUGGGGAUGGCGGCGGAUGUGGAGGUUGUGGCGGUUGCGGUGGUUGCGGCGGCUGUGGGGGCUAA